CAGAUUCUUAUGUCCAAGUUUCUGAAUAUGUUUUACUUUCUCCCUUCUCUGCAGGUCUUGGCAGAAAACCUCACCAUGGUCACUGAGUUCCUGUCGCUGGGAUUUUCAAGCCUUGGUGAAAUUCAGCUUGCCCUCUUUGUGGUGUUCCUUUUUCUGUAUCUAGUCAUUCUUAGUGGAAAUAUCACUAUUAUCAGUGUCAUCCAUCUGGGUCAAAGCCUCCACACACCAAAGUACUUCUUUCUUGGCAUUCUCUCAACAUCUGAGACUUUCUACACCUUUGUCAUCCUACCCAAGAUGCUCAUCAAUCUACUUUCGGAGGCCAGGACAAUCUUCUUCAUGUGUUGUGCCAUUCAAAUGUUUUUCUUUCUUGGUUUUGCUAUCACUAACUGCCUGCUGUUGGGUGUGAUGGGUUAUGAUCACUAUGCUGCCAUUUGUCACCCUCGGCAUUACCACAUUCUUAUGAGUUGGCAGGUGUGUGGAAAACUGGCAGCUGUCUGUGGGACUGGAAGUUUCUUGGCCUCCCUUACAGUAGUAAGUUUAGUUUUCAGCCUCCCUUUUUGUAAUGCCAACAAGGUCAAUCAUUACUUCUGUGACAUCUCUCCAGUCAUUCGUCUGGCUGGUACCAAUACA